AUGUUCGCAUCGCGGUCACUUCUUCGCUCCUCGGCUCUACCUCGAUCUAGCAGUCGAGCUUUACAUACUUCCAAACCCAUAUUGAACACGAACACAAAGAACGAAAAGCAUGUCGAUGGAUCCUCGACUCCGGUACUUGCAAAUGAACCUGGGUUGAACGCACCUGCAGAACUCCAAUUUCCAAAUGCACCUCAAGUAGAGACUGUUUCAGGAGCACCUACCGAACUGCUUCAUCGAGCAGUGAGGAUCUAUCGACCCACAAAAUCAACUAUGCAAUCCGCAAAAGGUAAGACGAAAAGAUGGUUGAUUGAUUGGGACGUAUUACAAGGAUCAGGUAGAUGGGAAAAUCCUUUGAUGGGUUGGGCAGCUUCAGCAGAUUACAUGCAAGGGACAAAUUUAAUUUUUCCUUCAAAAGAAGCUGCAGUCAGGUAUGCAGAGAAACAAGGUUGGCCUUAUAGAAUUGAUGAACCUAAGAAAGUCAUCAUUCCUCCUAAGAACUAUGCAAACAACUACGUCCACGUUCCUGGAAAACUCCGAAUCCAUCACACCAAGUAA